AUGGGUGUCACCAACCGCAAACAGACGCUGAAACAGGCACACCAACAACAACGACCACGUACCGUCGACGUCGACGACGACCUGGAAGCCGUGGACUCCCCGGACUCCCCCGCCGACCAGCUGAAAGAACGCCUUCCCAAUGACAAGGAACAUAUCAAAGAACGGCUCCAGCAGGAUAAAACCCAAUUGAAAAAGCGUCUCCACGAGCUGAGACGCGUCGUGUUUGUGUUGGGCGCCGUGCUUGGCCUUUUACUCACGGUAUUCUUCAGCACGGUGUCCCACCCUUCGCUAAAGCUGGAAUUGGAUCGCCUCGUCACCUUUGAAAGCGUCCAGGAUCUUUUUGACGACUGGCGAGACAUUUUGCCGCUGGGACUCACCAAUAUCAUUUCCGACUACGAUUUCCUUUCGUCGAACCAAAGCUCGCACGGCCUGGCAGAACUGUUCAGUGUCGGCCGCCGAAUGGUCGCCGAACGCAAUUUAUCCACUGACUAUAACGUGGUGAUGGUCCCGGGGGUCAUUCUGACGGGGUUAGAGCUGUGGGGCACACUGACCGACGGCGACUGUCCCCUGAUCGCCCACUUCAGAAAACGGCUCUGGGGGUCAUUUUACAUGCUUAGAACCAUGGUCCUCGAUAAAGCGUGUUGGUUAAAGCACGUGAUGCUCGAUACCGAGACGGGGCUUGAUCCGCCAAAUAUUAGAGUGAGAGCCGCCCAGGGUUUCGAAGCCGCCGACUUCUUUGUGGCGGGAUACUGGAUCUGGAAUAAAAUCUUACAGAAUCUUUCGGUGCUUGGCUACGGGCCCAAUAACAUGGUGCUGGCCGCCUACGACUGGCGUCUCGCCUACCUCGACCUAGAGUUACGUGAUGGCUAUUUCUCCAAGCUUAAAUUGAGUAUUGAGCUUGCCUUGCAACACCUGGGUAAGAAACUGGUGCUUGUCGGCCACCUGAUGGGGUCGCAGGUGAUUUAUUAUUUCCUCAAAUGGGUGGAAGCCAGUGGCGAACACUAUGGUAACGGGGGCUCUUCCUGGUGUAAUGACCACAUUGCCUCAGUUGUUGACAUUAGUGGCUCGUCAUUAGGUACUCCCAAAUCGAUUACGGCGAUGCUCUCGGGGGAAAUGAAGGACACCGUCCAAUUAAACGCCGUCGCCGUUUAUGGGCUUGAAAAGUUCUUUAGCCGUAAAGAACGGGUGGUGAUGCUUCGUUCGUUCGGCGGUAUCGCCCUGAUGUUCCCUAAAGGUGGCAAAACCAUCUGGGGCGACCUCACUCAAGCUCCCGAUGACCCUCAGCUUGGCGAAGACGAAUUAAACACUAUCGACGAACACAACGAGCCCAACCACGGCACCUUCGGGAAAUUUUUACGCUACAACGACGGCGCCGACCUGGCCAACUACACCGUCGACGAAACCAUCGACAAGUUGCUUAGCCAGUCGCCCCAGUGGUACUCCAACCGCGUCCGCGAACACUACUCGUUUGGCCUCGCCAAAACCGAGCACGAACUCGACCACAACGACCAGCACCACAAGUACUGGCUGAACCCGUUGGAGCUGAGAUUACCCUACGCUCCCGAUAUGAAGAUCUACUGCUUUUACGGUGUCGGCAAAGCCACUGAGCGCGCCUACACUUACACCAAGGCCGCCAACUACACCGGCCUCGACAUGAUCAUCGACGCCGACCUGUCGGAACUGAUCUUAUUUGGUGACGGCGACGGCACCGUGUCCCUCAUGACCCACGCCAUGUGCCACGAGUGGCAAAAGGGUAAGUUAUCGCGGUAUAACCCGGCGGGGAUCGAGGUGACCAUCGUCGAAAUUAAGGACGAGCCUGACCGGUUCGAUAUCAGAGGCGGUGCUAAGACUGCUGACCACGUCGACAUCUUGGGACUGGCGGAACUUAACGAGUUGGUGUUGCGGGUAGCCGCUGGCGACGGUCCCUCAAUUGAAAACCGCUAUGUCAGUUCGUUAAAAGAUAUCAUGGCCCGCAUCGAACUCUAG